AUAGGGAGAUGCAAGCGUUUUUAGAUCAGACUUAGUCUGCUAAGUCACGUGACUAUGGCGGCAAGUUUGCUGGAAGAAAAUUUAAGAAUUUUGCACGAAAGUUUGGUUGGAGAUGUCUCAAAGAAAGAGCAAGCAACUGCUGUAGUGUCUGAUUUGCAUCAAAUAUGUAUUCAGGAAGUAACAGAAAAAGAAAUAGAUUUAACUUGUUCAACACUUUUUGACAAAGAUUAUGGACUGGUCAAGUUCCUCAGUAAAGCAGUUACAAAUGAUGAGCUUCAGGCUUGUAAGGCUAGAAUAUUGGAGUUUUUGGCUGAGUUCCUGGAAAAAGUUGGAAAACGAAUUCUGCCCUAUGCUGUAGACAUCAAGGAUGUUUGUGUGUCAUUAUUCAGCAGGGACAGAUACGCAAAGGUUAAGAAUGCAUCAAUGCCAGUACUCAGUAAGUUACUGGAGCUUACAGUUGGAUCCAUGUUGGGUAAAGACUUACAAAUUGAAAAACUUAUUGAUAAAUUCUUCAAUGAGUUGACAAAGGCUUCAAAAGUUACUCCAACAGUUAAAGAGAAGAUCUACAUUUUACUGGGUGUGAUAGCUGAGUUUUACCCAGAAUACAUGACAAAGUAUGCUGAAAGGUUAACAGGAGUAUAUAUAGGUGCCCUUAAAACUGAGAUGAACAGUAAAACUAGAAAACCAGAGUUGUCUAUCAUAUCUGGAUGUUUAGAGGGUCUUAACAGUAGCCUGGUCAACUUUACAGAAUCUGCAGAGGAAGGAUCAAAGAAUUCAUAUGAGAUUUUCAAGUAUACUAGGAGUGCUAUAGACCCAAAGAUAGAGUUAACAAGAUAUGAUAUGCCAAGAGCUGGGCUCAAGCUGUUUGCCCGUCAUGCUUCACAGUUUAACCAAUACCUUAUAGAAGAUUUUGAAAACAUCUACAACAAGAUGUCAUACUGGAGUCACCAUAAGAAUAACGAGAUGUUGUUACUAGGAAUGAGAGCCAUUGAAGCAUUUCUAACUCAGAUAUCAGAGAUGUUAAAAGAGAAGGCUAAAGGUGGAACUCAAGAAGGUGGAGCUAUCUUUAAGUACUUUUUCCAACAAUUUCGAGAGAUCAUGCAUAAUGAGAAUGCCACAGCAAAAGAAUUAUCUUUGGCUAUAAAGGGAUAUGGAUUAUUAGCUGGGCCGUGUAGAUGUUACAUGAAGCCUGCUGAUGUACAGUUUAUGUUUGCAGAGAUGUUAACAAAAACAGAGCAGCAGUUUAUGGGACAAACUGAUGAUCUAGAGAACAAGCUGUAUAACCUUGCUAGUUACCUCGAGUCUCUAGCCAGUAUUGUACGAGAGAUGCCAACUGUGUCAGAGUCAUAUGCCAUGUCCCUCGAGUACCUGAUGGUCCUACUUGUAGAGAAUAUGCCAAACAUUCAUUACACCAAACAUUUCAUGUGUCGUAGAUCUAUACUCUGGCUACUUUUUGCUUUAAUUCCAAAAGGAACAACAUUUAAACAAGUCCUGUCUGGCUUUGUGUACCAGAGCUUAAUCCGCACAUGUUCUCAUCUGCCUGUGAUUGAGACAGAAAAUGAAGGGGAGGUAACUCAAGAUGAUCCUAUGAUUAAAAAAAUAACAUACAAAGAUUUCAUGGAAACAUGGAGUGGAUUGCUAGAUGCUCCAAAUAUCAAGGAUUUUGCUGCAGCAGAUAUUAGUUUAGAGACUAGAAGACAGUUGACAGAAGCAAUUUAUAAUGAAAUAAUAACAUCCGUGUUGAAGAUUCUUGAUAAACUGGAUUUAACAUCGGAUCCAAAUGAAAAACCUGAGUCAGGGGACUCUCCUACCACAAGUGCUGAUGAUGACUCAGGUGUAGCAAGUGCUGACCCCCUCCAGGGUGUCCAGGCAAGAAAACCUAAAGAUUUCCAAGUGUUUAUCAAUCUAGUAGACUUCUGUAAAGAUCUGUUACCUCAUAAACACUAUGAGAGGUUUGAACUGUGGGUGUUCCCUUUCACUCAUAAGCUCAUACUCAUGUCCACAGAUAAUCCACUGGCGAGCGGUUUCUAUAAGCUGCUGUCUGUGUGUAUGAAGAUUGCCAACAAACUCAACUUCUUUCAGGAUAUGGCAGAAAAUACAGAUCCAUCAGAGGUGAAACGUGAAACAGAUUCUAUGGAUAUAGAGACAACAGGAUCAGUGGGACAGUCACAAAAAUACACAUGCUAUCUUCUUAUCAAGAAAUUCUCAAAAGAGGUUCUAGUAAGAAUGAAGCAGUACAGGGAUGAGUUACUGGCAGCUUGUCUUACCUUUAUCCUGGCAUUACCUAAAGAAGUUAUCAUAGAUCAGAUGAGGGAUGUUGUCCCUGCUAUACAGGUGACCUUGAACCUUGGUUUAAGUUAUUUGCCCUUGGCAAUGAUUGCUAUGGAUGCAUUAGAACAAUGGUCAAGAACUCUACCAGAACAUGUGAUGUCCUCACACUAUACAGAGAUACUUCCUUAUCUAGACAGCUUUCUGAAAACUUCUGAUCAAGGAGCUGAUGAUGUAAAUGUUGACUCAAAUGUAAGCACAAACAAGAGUAAAUCUGGGAAAGGUCGUAAAAAGUUAAGUGUGAGACUGGUCCGUGGCAAGAAGGAAUCUUCCAUACAGAAUUAUCAGUCACAGUUGGCAGUGAUGAAGGAGAGGAUAAUGAAAUAUCUCGGCUCACUUGGAGGUAGUGUGAAUACUGCUAUGUUAGCACAUGUAGAUGAUGAUAUAGCCAAGACAGCUAUAACAUGGGACACUCAACAACAUCUCAAAUUUGAUAUGCCCUUUGUUGAUAUGAAACCCACCAUUUAUUUAGACCAGUUUCUGCCUCAUGUAACUGAGUUAGCUACGACAUCUAGUGAUAGACAGACUAAGGUUGCAGCAUGUGAGUUGCUCCAUUCUCUAGUAAUCUACAGUAUAGGAAGAGGAGCCCAGCAACCAGGUGCUCGUAUUGAGCGGGCAUCAAUGGCACCACUGUUUAAAAACAUUUUCCCUGCCAUGUUAAAACUGGCUUGUGAUGUGGAACUCGUAGCUAGAGAGUUGUUUGAGCCACUGACAAUGCAGAUAAUUCACUGGUUUACUGGAAGUAAAAAAUCUGAAAGUGAUGAAACAAUGUGUUUGCUUGAUGCUAUAUAUGAUGGCAUGAUACAACAGAAUGACACUGCUCUCAGAGAUUUCUGUGCUCGCUGCUUACAUGAAUUCUUAAAAUGGUCAAUCAAACAGACCAGCAAAAAGGCAUCAGAGACAAACCCUGCCAAUGCAAAGUCUGUUUUAAAGAGGCUAUUCAGUUACGCCCUCCAUCCAAGUCCAUUCAAGAGACUUGGUGCAGCUCUCGCAUUCAACAACAUUUAUACAAUACUCAGAGAAGAAGAACCUCUUGUUAACUUAUUCACUUUCCAGCUGCUUGUUCACUUUGUGGAAAGUUUGGCAAUAGCUCACAAUGAUGAAAAAUCACUAGGUACACAGGAGCAGUGUGGCAAAGCUUUGGAACAUCUAGAAAAGAUAAUCAGAUAUAAAGCUGCCCUACUGAAAGUUCCUAACAAGUCUCGAACUGAACCAAAACAUUGGAGCAGUGUAACAUUAGAGAUAGCAGUACGCUGGGUGACACGACAGUGUGGUAGACCUCAAACUGAAUGUAGACAUGCAUGUAUGAAACUAUCUUAUCAACUGUGUACUUUACUUGGAGGAAUCAAGACCCCUGUGAAGUUUUUUCAAGCAUGUCUGAAAGGAAAGGGACCUGUAUACUGGAUAGAAAGAUUUGAAGGUGGAGGACAUCUAGGUCAUGAUAAAGUUGGAAUAGAGGGGUUCCCUACAUUAGUUGAUAUGUCAGACAAGUUUUCCAUGCAGAUAACAUUAUCCUGGUUUGACAAUCUGCUGGCUGCACUAGAUUGUUAUACAUGGGUGUUUGGUGAAAGUCUUCUCUCACCUGGAGAACUGUUUCCCAAAAAAUCAGGAGUUGGGGAUGGUAGUCAUAUAUUUGUCUCCCUUGAGUACUUUCUACAGAAUAUUUCCAUGGUUACAAUAGAGGAUGUAGUGAAGCUAUUCCCAACAAAAUCAGAGGAUGAAUAUUUUACUCCAAAGGAUCGAGAUGAUUUUAAUAGGGCAAAAUGUACAGUUAUUAUAAGGACAUUCAGUUUCCUCACCAUCAUGUUGGCAAAGUUUGCUAAAGAAACUAUUAAUGUUAUGCCCAAGUCAAUUUUUGGGAAGGAGUUAUGGGAACUGAUACUCUGCUGUGUUAUCAAACCAGGAAAUGUGGGCUUUAAUUUAGGAGAUGUUGAAAUCAUGAAAAAUCUUCCACAAGAGCUGAUGCAGACUCUACAAGUUUUCUCGAAACAGUUUAAAACACAAAUGGUGCAACACUUCACAAAGUCUCUAGCAGGUAACAGGAACCUGUUGAGGAUGUUACCUGUAGCCUUGGAUGACAGUUCAGUGGACCAUAUUAGCAUGCAGCAGAUAUUUUCUGGUUACCUGCUCCUUCAUGAUGUAGAUAUGUUACUGCCUAGCUUACCUCAACAAACUGGAAACAAGUGUGCCAUACAGCUGAUGGAUAAUGUGUAUCAGGGUAUAGUAUCAAAGUCAACUGGUGAUCUUACAUCAGUGACCUUGACUCCUACAGCACACACACUAGCAAAGGUCAUGCUGAAAUUAGCUCUUUCCAUAGGGAUAAAGAGUGAGAUGGUACUGUCUAACAUAUUUGAUGGAGCUUGGGUUAGUAGAGGUUCUAAUAAAGCAUCAGAACAAAUACAUGGUGAUCUGUUCUUCUCUACCUUCAAAAGUACAAUCUCCUGGUACUGUAUACUCCAUGCUAGUGAGAUUGUACCAGCUGUGGUUGUCAAGGCAAAGUCUGAGCCUAACAGGGUAUGUGCUUUGCUCAUUGCCACUGUGGACUUCUUGACAAAGGAUAGGGAUUUGAGGAAAAGCGAAGGCCCCAAUGUUUUGAAUGCAAUAUUGACACAGUGGGCAUCAUUGUCAGGGUGGUGGGGUAAAUCCUCUGAUACAGAUCAACAAAGUAUGACACUAAUGCUGAUCACCAAACUCCUACUGAUUGACAGUAAGUUUGUGUCCAGUCCUGACCACAAGUCAUUUGACCAUGUAUUCAACAUGUAUCAGACAUUACUCACUGAUACUAGAACCAGCCUGUCUUUCAAGGUAUAUCUUACUUCAAAUAAUUCUGUUUUUAUGCUUUUCCAAGAAAUGGGGGUGUUGGAGCUCCCCUUUCCCUUUUUUGCUAGUGUUCCAGACCCAUAUACAGCUAAACUCAAGUCAAGUCUAGACAGAUUGGUAGCUGACAGUUUUCCAUUGAGAAGUUCUGAGUUAACAAAGGGCAGUGCUAAAUAUAAUGAUUACAUAGCUGCUAUUGACAGGAUAUUGAGUGCCUUCCAACUAUCGGGCAGCCUUAUGUUGCUGGAAUAUCUAAUCAGUAUAUUCUGUAGGGAAUCCCAACAUGUUCAUGAAGAUGCCAUACAAACAGCAAUUGCUAAGUUCACUAGAAGGUUACCCCGUGAUAAGCAGAAGACAGCAUUAGACGUGCCAUAUAAUAUAUUUAUGAAGAUGAGUUAUCCCGGUGAAAUACGGCGAGCUACAAUAGAACGUGUCUGUCUAUCCAUGUUGAGACUGGUGAACAAAUCUGUAGUUGUCGACUUCUUCAUAGAUCACAUUGCACAAAUCAGGCAACUUAUAGAAGCUAAACUUACUAAGAGUUCAGAGGCGAUAUUAGAGGGUCAGCUGAUUACACGUAUAGGGUGUUUCCAGAUGAUGGAGGCUAUGUAUUCCAGACUUCGUAAAGAUGAUGUUGUUGGAAUGCAGUCAAAUAUAAACAAGGUGUUCAGUGAUGGGUCACCUCAGACAGGCAAAGAAUUGACCAGUUUUGUGUCAAAACAAGCUCAUGAAGCAAAAGGUGAGGAUAUACGAGGGGAGACAACUCUGUUAGAAUUAAGAAGACAGUAUCAUUGUACAGCCUAUAAUCUCAUGUGUGCAUUUAUAUCAUGUACUCAGACUGACCAGAAAUUCUACACAGCUUUCUUGUUUGAGGAGAAAGAAAAUAAGGGACAGUUCUUGCUGGAAAAUCUAGUAGAUAAAGACAGAGUUUAUGAAUUCCAAGUAGAACUUCAGUCACCCAUGGAAAGAAAGAAGAAGUUUGUGACAAUACAUCAGGAGAUGAAGGAGAGGAGAAGAAUGGAAGAUGAUGACAGUAUAGAGGAUAUAUCUCCUAGCUACCAUCUAGCUUCACAAUACCUCGCUGAUAGCAGUCUUAGUGAAGAUGUAUCACAGUAUUUCACCAUGUCAGGAACUGCUGGGUCAUUAUCAAGUGGUCCAGCCAGGAAGAGGAUGAAGACUUCAUCUAGCACUAACAUAGAGGAAGAUCAGGAAACAACAGUGACUGUAGAAGAGGAUUAUGUAGAGUUAGAGAUGGAUGAUCUCAAUCAACAUGAAUGUAUGCCUACACUGAUAGCUGUCAUUAAACAUAUGCAGGAAAAUAAAAUAACACCAGAAGUUAAACAUGGAACCAGUAUGCCUCCUAUGCCUCCAUGGAUGGAGAAACUACAUACCAAGAUGUGUAACUCUAGAACACAUUUUAACAUCAAACUCUUCAUUGCCAAACUCAUCAUGAACACUGCCAAGGUAUUUCAGCCAUAUGCUGGUCACUGGUUACAAGCAUUUAUACAGCUAAUUAUAAGUGGACCACUAGGUGGUGGAAGUAUCAAUUAUUUUAUUGUAGACCUGAUAGUACUAUUACUUUCCUGGCAUAAAGUAGCUAUACCACAGGAUACAGUUGAAGACAAAGCUUUGGCAUCAAGACUGGUACAUUUCAUUGUGAAAAACAUUUACCAUGAGUCACGACCUGUAUUUAGAAAUAACCUAGAGAUGUUAAAGACACUGCUCGAAUGCUGGAAAGACAGAGUGGAGAUACCAUACCAGGAGAUAUAUACCCAAUUCAACAAUGCAGAUAUGAAAUCAAAGGAAAACAUAGUAGGUGUACAGGUGUUGGGUGUGGUCAUUGCCUGUAAAUUCCCUCCUUAUGGUCCAGUAGCACCUGUUGACAGAGACAGGUUUUUUGCAAAGCUUGCAAAUAAUAUGGGACAUAAUCAGAAGACAACCUAUGCCCCAGCAGCGGAGGUAUGUGGAAUGAUAUUCCAGUAUCUAGCUGAUAAAGAGGAUGAGAAAGAAGGAACAUUUCAUACAUAUGUGGGGAAUUUGAUGACAAACUUACAUCAAGGCAGACCUGAUAACUUCAUCACCUGUGUCCAUAGGAUACACAAACAUUACCCUGUUAUAGCAGACAGAUUUGUGAACAAGCUGUUGUUUAUGUUGCCAAAUCUUCAUGGUGAGUUCCGGACACUGUGUCUAGAGGUGUUACAUUCUAGGGUAGAGCACAUGGAGAAUGCCUUCCUGGAACUAAAGUCUAAAGGAAUAAUCACCUGUCUCUCACAUAGGGAUGAAGCUACACAACAAGUCUCACUGAAGAUUGUAAAGGCUGUACUACCCAAACUAAAGUCAGCUGAGCUUGGUAUGUUGAUGCCAAACAUUGUUGCAUUCUGUAGUAACCCAAGUACUGGUUGUAGAAAUGUCAUGUAUGACAUUCUUAUGUGGGUGUAUGAUAAUUACAGAGAUGAGGAUACUGCAGAAGCUGAUAAAAUUUUACAGCAGACCAAGGAAAGUUUACUGAAGGGGUUGGGAGAUGAUGAUCUACACUGCAGAUUACAAGUUCAGAAUUUCUGGAGCAGUGAGACAAGAUUACCUGCCCCAACACUAGAUCGUCUUGUUGCUAUGUUAGAGGCCAUGUACUCCCCAGUUACAGAACAACAAUACCUGAGUUAUGCCACCAACCUGUUACUAGAAAUGACUUCAAAGAGUCCAGAUUAUCAGAGAGAAAUAUUUGAACAUCCUCUGUCAGAAUGCAAGUUUUCUGAUUAUUCUGUAAAAUCAUCAUGGAGACAAAGACAUGCUGCUAUGACACCACUGUUUGCUACUCAAGCCUCUCAGUCUAUGAUGGAGGUAGAUGAUACAGUUGAUGGUGUGAGAGCAACACAAGAUGUUCAACAAUUUACACAAACACAAGACCCAGGAGCACAUAAAGGACCAUUUAACUGGCUAACACAGAGCAGUCUUGACACAUAUGCUGAGACAAGCUUUGUUACCAUGGAAACACAGACUACCCAGAGCUCUCUGUUGUUUUCUGUGGGUACGGGUGAAAGCCAGGGAGCUGGUUCUAGGAGACCAAGACCAGGUCCAGGAUUUGGUAAACAGAAACUCUCUAAACCAAAGGCAUCAUCAUCAACUGCUAAAAAGGAAGAAUCUGAUGAAGGGAGUGAACUAUUCAGAUUAAAGCGUAGAUUUUUAAAGGACCGAGAACAGUCUCGGAUCUUCUUUGCUAAACAACAAACCAGGAUAAAACAGAUGAGAGAGAUAGCACAGAGGGAGCAGAAGGUUAGAAGAGAAAAUCAGGUGACCAUGUAUCGUAAAUAUCGUGCUGGAGAUUUACCAGAUAUACAGAUAAAAUAUUCCUACAUCAUAGCGCCUCUACAAGCUCUUGCACAUAGAGACAGUACUGUAGCUAAGCUGUUACUAAGUGCAAUAUUCCAGGCAAUAUUUGCCAACAUGGAUGAGGUAAAGACGGAGAGAGAAAUGGGAGAAACUAUAGAUCAGAUCAACAAGAGCUUAGAUAAUAUCCUCUCUUUGUCCACCAGAUAUUACCCACCUUUCAUUGCUUGUGUUCUGGAUAUUCUGUUCAACCUGAGAUCACAGUUGAAAGUUGAUGUAUCAAACGUUGGUAGUAGUGCAGUGUUUAGUAAACUACAACCUCUCGGUAUAGCAGUGUUGGAAGAACAGUUGAUCAUACAUGAACCUGGUGAAGCUCGUGCUGCCAAGAGAGGAAGAACAGAAGCUCCAAUCUCUAAAGAAGUUACACACUGGAUUGAACUAGCUAGACUGUACAAGUCAGUGGAUGAGUAUGAUGUAUUACUAGGUAUAUUUAGUGGUAAAAUAGGGACACAGUCUAUUACUCAGAAGGCAGUAGAAGCUGAAGCCAGGGGAGAUUACUCAGCUGCUAGGAAACUUUAUGAUGAGGCAAUGGGAACAGAAGAUUGGCCUGGUGAUAGUCCACUUGUGGCGGAGGUUGACCUGUGGGAUGACUGUAGAAUGGAGUGUCUAAGCCACUUGUCACAGUGGGACACAUUGGAGGUAGUUACCUGUGAAGCUGUAGAUGAUGGCAGUCCUCCUGAUCUCUCCAAAGUCUGGGAAGAUACAUUUCUACAGGAACAUUUUUUGCCUUACAUCUUGAAGAGCAAGGUAAAGUUGAUGUUACAAGGUGAUGAGAAUCAACAGUCUUUACUCAACUUUGUUGAUGAGUCUAUGAGAAUACCUGAACAAAAACUAGUUCUAGAGAACAGUUACAGUGAGGAGUUAGCUUUGAUGUAUCUGUGGCAGGAGGAUUAUGAUAGAGCCAAACAUUACUGUAAAACUGCCCUAGACUUCUUUCUACAGGAAUGGAGCAGUACAGAUACAUUGAUGACAAACAGUAGAAGUACAGCUCUACAGAAACUACAGCCACUUACAGAGAUGCAUGAGUUCCUUCAUUUCAUAUCAGAUGAAAACAAUUUUCGUACAGUAGGACCAGCUCAAUCACUAGUGAAGGGUUGGAGUAAGAGAACACCACAUCUUCUUACUGAUCCUGUCACUAUAUGGGAUGAUGUUGUAACCAAUAGGUCAGUAUAUCUCGACCAUAUCAGCAGUAGACUACAGAAGCUGGAUGAUUCUCAGAUAGACGAUGAUGAUGAUGAUAUGUUCAUAGACACCAAACUUAAACUGAAACUCAAGAUGGCUACAAGUUGUAGAGAACAAAAUAACUUUACUCUCACACUGAAAAUACUCAAAGAUACACAUUCUGCAUGUAAGAGAGCUGAUAAUGAGUCUCUGAUAUGUAACUGGACUCACCUAUAUGCCAGCACACAUCAUAAGAAGAUUCAAGCUUCUCUAGAACCUCCAUCAGAGGACAGCUUAAACAGUUUGUGUACUACACUAGAUCAACUAGGUAAAAUUGAGGAUGUUGAAGCUCUUGCAGCUAACGCCAGUCUUGGAAGGCAACAUUUUAUUCUUGGUGGUCAAGGGCGUGAACUUUUGGCACUAGGACUCCAGGAUAUUGAUUUAAAGAAAUUAAAUGGAACAAAAGCUGGCCAGAAACUGCUGGAUUAUACUGGACUGAAAAAACUAGAUAAAUUAGAGCUAACAGAGAGGUUAGUGGGUGAUGGUUAUGAGAAGAUGAAGGGAUCUCUGGCUGUAGAAGAUGUUACAGGGACAGAUAGCUGUGGUAGUUACACCCAGGACCAGGCCUACCUGGCUACAGCUAAAUACUGUGACACUAUCCUCAGGCUUAAAGAAGAUGAGGAGAUGACAAUUGGGAGAAACUGUAUUAAAUCUUUCCCAGAAACUGUUGUGAUAUGUAUUUUGAAAGCAAUGAAGUUAAAUUCUAUGGAAGCUCGACAAAGGUUUCCACGGUUACUACAGAUUGUUGAGAUGUAUCCAGAUACAAUGUCAACUUUUGUUGCUAAGAGUGGUGAGGUUCCAUGUUGGAUGUUUUUAUUAUGGAUCAGUCAAAUGCUGGCUAUUUUAGACAAACCAGAAGCCAGAGCCGUACACAGUAUCGUAGAACAAAUUGCAACUAUUUACCCACAGGCUGUGAUAUACCCUAUGAAGUUGAGUGAAGAAGGUUACAAAUUUAAUGGAUCGAAACAUGAUAAACUGAACAAGGAUGUAGUUGACAGAAUUGUUGGCUUACUAGGACCAGAGAAGGUGCCUUUGGCUGAUAAGUUUAUGUCAGCAUUAGAUUGCUUCAGUCAGCCAGACCAGGAGUUCAAGGACUCUUUUGAGGAAAUGAUGAAAUUGUUGAAGAAAGGUGCCAAGUCAAAGGCUGUGAAUCUGUACAAUGAGAUAUACAGGAAGAUAUUAGAUUACAAGAACAGAGAAAAAGAAGAGGCAAAACCUCCUAAAUCCCAGAAAUCGCAGUCACAAAGAUCAAAGUUGUCACAGAAAUCAGCCAGUGGGGACAGUACUGGACCAGAUGAUGAUGAUUCCAGUUUGUUAAUGUCACAGUCUGGACUAGAUAUUGGCAGUUAUGCCAGAAAAUUUGCUGAUAAAUUUAAAGAUGAAUUUGAUAAACGAUUUGGACCACAAGGGAAGAAACUAGCAAGCAUGUCAUUAAAGGAAUUAGACACCAAUAAGAGACAGUUACUUGGAUUAUUUGAUGAGCAAGUUAAAGCACCAAAAUGUGCACUACAUCCACCAGGGAAACUAGAGGAGUACUCCAAAUGGAUGUCAAACUUUAAUCCCAAUAACUAUGGCAGAAAUCUUGAAAUUCCAGGUCAAUAUACAGGGUUGUGUAAACCUCUGCCCGAGUAUCAUGUUAAAAUUGCUGGCUUUGACCAAAGGGUUAAGGUUAUGACAUCAUUGAGGAAACCAAAGCGUAUAACUAUACGUGGUAAUGAUGAGAAGGAUUAUAAUUAUCUGGUGAAAGCUGGUGAAGAUUUACGUCAGGAUCAGAGAAUUGAACAGUUAUUCUUCGUCAUGAACCAGGUGUUCAAUAAAGAUCCUGCAUGCCGCAACAGGAAACUUAGUCUGAAAACAUACCAGGUUAUACCCAUGACUACAAGGGUAGGACUCAUAGAGUGGGUAGCAAACACCAUACCAUUAAAAGACUUUAUAAUCAAUUCAUUGACAGAUCAGGAGAAGAAAGCAUUUAGUGGAGAACAUGGUCCAAAUGCAGCAUUUAAUGGUUGGGUUUCAAAAGUAGCGAAGAAGAAUGAUCCCUGGCCCACAAAGUAUGUGAAUAUAUACAGUAAAUACAGUUAUACAGAAACCCAGAGACAACUUAGUAUUACUGAAAGUAAAGUACCUUGGGAUUUAUUUAGGCGAUCAUUCCAGCAGUUGAGUACAAGUCCUGAAGCAUUUCAUGUGUUACGUAGCCACUGUAUGAAGACCCAUGCCAUGUUGUCUAUCUGCCAGUAUAUACUGGGUAUAGGAGAUAGGCAUCAGUCUAACUUCAUGGUCAACCUUAAGACAGGUGAAAUGGUUGGCAUUGACUUUGGACAUGCAUUUGGAUCAGCAACUACAUUUUUACCUAUCCCUGAGUUGAUGCCAUUCAGAUUGACACGUCAGAUCAGUAACUUGAUGUUGCCCCUACAGGUAAAGGGGUUGAUUGAGAGUACAAUGAUACAUGUGCUGAGAGCUCUCAGGUCAGACUCAGAUCUUCUCUUAAAUACCAUGGAUGUGUUUGUGAAGGAACCCUCUUUAGACUGGCAGCAAAAUGCGGAGCGGCAGGUACAGAGUAUGUGUGAGGAAGAUGUAGAAUUGUACUCUCAAGAAGGGGAAAUAAUAGAGUGGUACCCAAAGGAAAAGAUUAGAUAUGUAAAAAGAAAAUUGAAGGGAGAGAAUCCAGCUUACAUAACAAGAGAUGAGCUGAGACUUGGCCACGGCAAGAAACCAGCAUUUAAGUAUUAUGAGAUGGUAGCUCUUGGUCAGAAGGACAAUGUACGUUUCACAUUACCAUCUAGCGGUCUAACUGUAGAACAACAGGUGGCAGCACUCAUUGAUCAAGCUACAGACCCUAAUAUUUUAGGCCGUACUUGGGUUGGCUGGGAACCAUGGGUGUGAAUGUUAAAUACAUGUAGAGUCGUAGAUCUGUAGAUUAAAAAAAAACAAUGACGGCAAUGAUUAAGAUGUUUUGGAUUGGAAUCAUGUUUAAUAACAGACCAAUAAGUUGAUUAUGAUAUGUAUAUUUAUGAAAUAUUUGACUUAUUUACUGUAGUUGUGUUUCACAAUGUGCCAUCUUCAAACCAUUAUGAUCGGUUAUAAUUUUUUCUUUAAGGCCACUUACUAUGAAGAUUCUUAAAGGUAUUUACUAAUUGCCAACUUAUUCUUACAUUUUCAUGUAUUUUUGAAAUAUUGCAUUUAUUAAUGAAACCAUUCAAUUAUUUUCUUACAUUUUCAAUGUUGUUCAUAAAGGUUAAAUAUCUGUACAAGUAUUUUUUUUAUUGCUGUUGUAUUAUUAGAUACACAUGUUUAAAUUGCUUAAAGGAAUGGUAUACAUGUAUCUAAAAACGUAUGUCUUUUUAGUCCCCUACCGGUUUACUGGAGGGGACUUUAGGUUUACCCUCCGUCCGUCUGUCCGUCCGUCUGUCUGUCAGUCCAUCCGUCCACAAAACUGGAUCCCGCGAUAACUUGAAAAGUACUGAAAAUAUUUUUAUGAAACUUGGUAUAUGGAUAGAUGGCAGUAUGGAGAUUAUGCACGUCUUUUUCUUUUCUUCCUAUGUUGAAAAUUCUGGUUGCUAUGGCAACAAAUAGGAUGAAAAUAUGGCAAAUUUUACACAUAAACUGGAUCCAGUGAUAACGCAAAAAGUACUGGAAAUAUUUUUAUGAAACUUGACAUAUGUGUAGAUGGCAGUCUUGGGAUUAUGCACGUCUUUUUCUUUUCUUCCUAUGUUGAAAAUUCUGGUUGCUAUGGCAACAAAUAGGCUGAAAAUAUAGCAAAUUUUACACAUAAACUGGAUCCAGUGAUAAAGCAAAAAGUACUGGAAAUAUUUUUACGAAACUUGACAUAUGAGUAGAUGGCAGUCUUGAGAUUAUGCACGUCUUUUUCUUUUCUUCCUAUGUUGAGAAUUCUGGUUGCUAUGGCAACACAUAGACUGAAAAUAUGGCAAAUUUUACACAUAAACUGAAUCCAGUGAUAACUCAAAAAGUACUGUAAAUAUUUUUAUGAAACUUGACAUAUGGGUAGAUAGCAGUCUUGAGAUUAUGCAUGUCUUAUCUGUUCUUCCUAUUUUGAAAAAAUAUCAGUUGCCUUGGCAACAAAUAGGCUUAAAACAUGGCAAAUAUAACAAUAUUUGUGAUUAGUCAAAAAGAGCUGAACAUUUUUAUGAAAUUGCAUCUUUAAUUCAAGAGUUAUCUCCUCUUUAAGAAUUUUGCUUUUAAAAUGUUAUAUUUUGGUAACAGGGAUGUUUCAAAUAUUAACUUUAGAGUGUCCUUCAGUCCGUCUGUCUGUCUGUUCAUAAAAACUGUUUCCUGUGAUCACUUUUAGAGAACUUUUCCAACAAGUUUACUUAAAAUAGAGAAAAAUUGAAACAUUAGUGAAUGGCCAAUGGCCCUUCAGAAUGUUGAUGGGGUUCUAACCGGUAGGGGACUUAUGGAUUGCUUGCAAUACUAUGAUAAUUGCUUGUUGUAUCUAGCCUUAGAAACAAGGUGGCAGCCUUUAUUUAGUGUUACUAAAAACUUGUAUUUGAGUUAUUGAUGGUUUUAGUAGGUCUUAUUUUCAACAUGUAUUUUUGUUAUAAGAUUAGUUAGAAUUAAUUAUGAUUGAAAACAAAAUAUUUACAACAGACAUUUCUUUGUUUAUUUAGAAGUAAGAACUUGAAAUAAAUUGAUUAUUUGUAGCAUGAACUUUACAAUACUUUAAAAAAAACAUAAUAAGCAGUGGAUACAAUUUUCCAUUCUGAUGGAAUUAAAGACUUACAAACUUCAUUUGUGAUUUAAAUUCCAAUGUAAAAUAAUGGCGAGUCUGGAAUAAGUUGAAAAUCACCCUUUAAACAUUGUUUUGUAAGAGAUUUAAAACAACUGUGUAUGUACAUGUGUCAUUUCAUUGUUUUUAUAUUAUGUUUUGUCUGUUUGAAUAUUGUUCAUUUGUAAGAGAACAUUAAUUUGUGUUUUGUAGCAGGUUGUAUCAUGAUUUCAAAAAUAUAUUAAAGAUUAGUAUAGUACUUGU